GCACAGCAUAGCCCCAUCUUGAUUGAUGAUCAAUCGGAUUGCGAGGUGAAGACUGGUUACUUUCAGCAGGUGGGAGCCUUCGCUUCCGGUACAUCGCACUCGCUUUCACAGCCUGGUGUAUCUAGUGGAAGCUUGAAAGAUGGAGAUUGCAUAUGCUUGAUGGAGCCUAGUUCAUAGCUAUCGUUUCAGUCUUUGAGAAUGGCGUGGAGAUCGAACUGCUGUCGCGGUGCUGAAGGAGCUAAGGAAACCAUUGGAGGGUCCACUUCUGCAUCAAGUCAAUGUGUGCAACUUCGGCAAAUGGUGGUGGAGGCAGAAGGGAGUGACAGGCCGCUGGACCUAGAGUUCUUGCAGGAAUCACUGGCAGAAGCAGCCAGAGUUUCGCCAACAACUAAAGGAGAGGCCGUACAACUCCUGGCAAGUCUGGCAGCUCUUCUCAUCAAGCGGUGUCCAGCAUCGUCGACGCCAGCGGAUGUUGAGAUGCUCGACACAUACUCCAAAUUGGUGGCUGACACAAGCGCACGCACCCCACUGACUGGUCCAUCAGGGGAGCUGUCUGUAGUGGUGUCAGCUCUAGUAUUGGGCCUGUCAAUCCCGUCGCAAGGCAGAUCCCACAUGAAUGGGAUCCAAGCAGUCAGCCACAUUGUUCAGGAGAACGCUUCGUCGCUCUCGCCAGCAACCAUCGAUGCCAUCGUACAGCACCUCCUUCCUCUCUGCCAAGCUCCCAUCUAUCCUCAAUCUGCUUCCUCCCCCGCCAAGACGAGUCUCUCGAGCAACCGAGCCCGAGGCCGAUCAUGGUCCUCUGGGGGGGCGGAACGCUCUGCUUUCGAGGACCCCCUGGAGGCGCAGCGUCUGGCGCUGGUCGCUCUUGGCAGUCUGUUCGCCAAGGCAGGAGCACAGCUCACUUUGGACCACUGUUCACAGGCUCUUGAGGUGCUCGGAAAGCGAUUGGACUUGGCGACGGCUCCAGGACGACUGAUGGAAGAUCUUGCGUCAUCCCGUCUCUACGCAGCCUUGCUGCGAUGCCUCCAGCUGGUACUUGUACACGAAAAAGUUUCCCUGGAUACCAGGGUCGCUUCCCUGGUUCCCUCUCUUCGGCCCUUCUUCACUUACGGCCUUACCAAGCGGCCAGGAAGCGCGUCCACCACUCCCCGGCGCGACCAGCCCUGGCGCCGGGGCUCUUUCCAAGAUACGAAAAGCGGCUCAGACUCCGAAGGCGCUCCAUCUGCCCGAGCUCUCGCCCAGACUCUCAACUCCCUAGAGAUAAGCGGAGACGCCUCUGGUAGUAACAGUGAACGCGGGAGAAACGAGGGAGCCGGACCUGGGCCGGGAUCUGCCGCAACGAAGAGCGCUUACGUCCCCCCUCAUCUGCGGAAAACACAGCCGCCCCUCCUGCCACUCCCGAGCUCCAACGGCACCCCUACGAAACCCGGGGCCUCGUUUCGCGCCCCUGACGUUGCUUUAGUGUUAUCCUCCGAGUCUGAGCAAAGUGACAGCGACGGUGCCGGGGCCGACGGCGACCGUUACAAGGCCUCCAAGGUGCGCAUUGAGGCCAUGUCGUGCGUGCAGGCGGUCGCGCGCCGGGACCCCAAGGCCCUACACUCUCAGUGGGCCGCGCUGCUCCCCACGCACGGGGCCCUGCUGACAAGGCCCCCCAUCCCGCACCUCCUGAACCCGCUCCUCUCAGACCCCCUCCCCAAAGUGCGCCUCGCGGCGGCCGCGGCGAUCGGAGCGAUGCUCGAGGGCCCGGCGCGGGCGUUCCUGCAAGCCGCGGAGUGGAAGGACGACGCGCGCUCAGGGCCGUUCCUGUCGCUCUCAGCGACGCUCGGGCUGAUCGUCAAGCAACUCCAUGCGGGGCUGCUUCACAGCGUCGGAACGGAACGGAGCGCGCAGGUGCUGGCCGGGGCGUUCAAGGCCCUGGCGCUGCUCAUAAGCGCGGCGCCUUAUCAUCGCCUCCCCGACGACCUUCUUCCCGACACUGUUAAACAGGUUCACCGGAAGACGCGGGCCCUGCUCGCGAACCAGUUCGCUGCGGAGGCGGGCGGGGCGGGCGCCGCGGCCGUUGCCUGCCUCGGCGCUGCCCUCGGGACAUUCACCCCGGUCGAGAAAGUUGCGGAUCUGCUCGUAACUGGGCCUCCCGACGCGUGCGGCGCAACCCCCGCGGCACCGAGCUCUCCAAGCCCGCUGCUCGCGGACCUCAUAAGCUAUUGCCAGCCGCCGACGGCCCCCGCGAUCGCGCUCGAGGCGUUCGCGGCGCUCCGGGAAGCGCUCCGAAACUACGGCGCACGCUACGUCGGGCUGUGGCCCGCCCUGUCGACUCUGCUCGGGGGGGCGUUCGGCGGGGCUUCAGCGGGCGUCACUGACGAUAGACUGGUUCUGGGGGGCGUGAAAGUGAUGGACGAGUUACUGAGGUCUAUUUCCGGGGGGGACGAUAGCGAGUCGGUGUCCAAGCCCCAGAACCGGGCGGACCUUCGCCAGGGCCCGAAGCAGCUUGCGCGAGCGGAAGGAGGUGUUGCGGAAAGGGGUCAAACGGAAAGCGACGGGAGCGCUUUACUGGUGGUAGCGUGUGCCACGUGGAAGGAGGUGCUGUCGAGGCACGUGCCCUGGUUGUUGGCUCAUCAGGCUCCCAUGGUCCGAAGCGCGGCUCUGGGGUGCUUGGCGGGCCUCUCACGACCCGUUUUCGAAAGCUUCGAUGCUCAGCAGAAGGACUUCGUAGUCCAGUCAGCCGCUAAGGCUUCCCAGGAUCCAAUACCAGCCGUCCGAUCUGCCGCCUGCCGCGCCGCCGGCGUCACAAUCAGUUUCCCGUUCGUCCCUGACCGACACCUGCUGACGCAAGCAAUUCUGAAGGGCGUCAGUGAUCCAGUCGUUUCCGUGCACAUCUUGGCGACCUGGGCGCUCGCCAACCUCUGCGAAGCUCUGGGGGAGCAGGAGGGAGACAAGGGGUCGGCGCAGCGAGUUCCGUCGGAGACCCUGAAACCCCUCACCGAAGCCGCUCUUGAAGCUGUCCGAGACGGGGACAAAGUACGUGCGAAUGCAGUGCGCGCGCUCGGGAACCUGUCCGCCGUCGCCGACCUCAGCAUCGUCGCCGGCGAAUCACAGGGCGACACGUGGAUCGACAGGAUGGUGGCGGCGCUGCUGACGUGUACGACGACUGGCAACGUCAAAGUGCAGUGGAAUGUGUGCCAUGCACUGGCGCAUUUGCUCGGCAACCGAACAGUCGAUCUGGCGUCUGCGAAAUGGUCCCCUUCCGUAUACUCCGUCCUGCUCUUGCUUUUGCGGACUUCGACCAACUUCAAGAUCAGGAUCCAAGCAGCCGCAGCUCUGGCCGUGCCAACAAAUCGAAAAGAUUACGGCAUGUCUUUCCCGGACAUCGUGCGCUGCUUCGCCGCCACUCUCGAGAGCUUAGAAUCGGACCAGGGGGAGCGUCCGAGCGACUUCAAGUACCGCAGCAACCUGCAAGAGCAGGUCUUAGCGACGCUCCUCCACGUGCUGGCCUGUACGGAGCCCGGCGACUUCUCGGCGCUUCGAGACCCGCUGGUAAAGCGACAAGCAUUCCUUCAGGACUGCAUCAGUUUCGCGUGGGCUUCAGUAAGACCCCCCGAAGGAGACGAAGCAGGUGUAUCAUCUGCAGCAGAGGCAAGGCCCAGAGAUCUCGCUGAGACACCCCAAGCAGAUGCCACGUGGCAGCUGCAGAAGCCUCCACGUCAUCCUGCUGUCGACAUCGACGAGCAGCCGCUGCCGCCUCCAAAGAAGGGGUCAAUUUCGCCAAAGGGCUUGGGCUCCAGCGGUCACGGGCAGACUGCUGUUUUGUACAACCGGAGCGAUGUGGAAUUAGCCAUAGCUUCCCUUCGAAUCAUGUAUGAUCGUAAUGAUCACAAAGAGGUCGCCGCUAUGUACGCUGCGUGUCGUAUACACGCGUAGAUCAGGAGUAGGCAGGUACAGUCUAAGAGAUGAACCUCAAUCUGCGAAUAGGAACCAAAAGGGAGCCACCCACUAUGAAAGCUAGGAUUUAUUGUUCGCAGAUUACUAUAAGCAUUUUGACCUUUGCAUCUUGUCCUGGCUAGCAUCGGAGAUCUCCGACCAGUGUGCUCCCGCCACCAGAGGUGCGUCUUGCCCGAAGAAACUUUGUUCCGAAG